UAAAGGAUAACGGCAGCCGAAAGUGGCCAGGCAUAAGAAAAGGGUGAGGCGUCCCGUUGUUACUGCUUUGCCUUCUCUGACGCAGCAGCAGCUUCGGUGCAUAAACCGCGCCGGAGUUACGGGACGCGACGCCUCAAAGAAAGAAAGAGAAAGAAAGAAAGCGAAAGCAAGCUAGGGCAUUGUUCGGACAGCACCGGCGGAGUCGGCGGCGGAGCCGAAUAACGAUCCGUCGAUGGAGCGCGUCGAGGCGACCAACGAGGUCGCCUUCCGGGUAGGGUUUACCGGCUACAGCGGCCACCUCCGGCUCGAGCCGCUCCCGCCGGUCCAGCGCCCCACCCCCUUGAGUUCUCUCCCCGAUUUCAUCCUCCCGCCGGCUUUUCCUCCGGAAACGCCUGAAAGCUUGAAGGAGUAUCUGGAGGACAAUUACCUUCGCCCGGAGCUGGACCCUGACGAGUUCUCCGUGGAGAACUCUGGGCGGUUUUGGGACUUCGAUUGGUUUGGCCGGGCGAAGGUCCCGCUGGAGCCGUCGGCCCCGCGUUCCGUUGUGGCCCCCUCGUGGGAGUUGCCUUUUAGACGUUCCAAGAAUACGGGCCCUUCGGGAAUCUGGAAUCCCUCUUCGGUGGAGGUAGAUGUGGCUGAGCUGAUGGAAGGAGCCCAAAAUUCUGGAUCGAUGCCACGAAUGCCUGGACCAGCGAAGGACUUUGUAAGGGGUAGCACCAACAGUCGUCCGUUCCGACCGGGUGGCCUUGAUGGUUCUCAAGCUUUGGCGAGGAACCCUCCUGAAGGUGCUCUUAGCGGUGAAUGGGUUCGCAAAGUUCUCGAUGGGGGUCCUGCUGAGACUGUUCCUCCUAGCUUUAAGAAGGGACUGGAUUUAGGUGAUCUUAAGAAAUAUCCCUACCAUUGGACGUGCACCGAUCAGAAAAUCUCUGCAGCAAAGAAGGAUUUGAUGGAUGAUGACUUGAAUAUGUACUCGGUGCAGUUUGAUGAUUUAUUUAAAAAGGCUUGGGAGGAAGAUAUUAUCGAAGGAUCAAUAGGAGAUGGUUCUGUCCAAAAUGAAGAUGAAAAAGAAGAGAUAAAUAUUGAUCCUCUUCCUGAAUCUGAAAUUUCUUCAGACAACAUGAUUUUAAGUGAGCCAGGAAACAUGGGAGACGAAUUACCUGGGCAGAACAUUGAUUCUAGUAAGCACCAAGGAGAGGCAUGGGCUCUUGUUGGUGGUAAUGACGAGAUUGUCAGUCACUUUUAUGAACUUGUUCCUGAUAUGGCCAUUGACUUCCCUUUUGAGUUGGAUAGCUUCCAGAAAGAGGCCAUAUAUCAUCUUGAGAGAGGUGAGUCUGUUUUUGUAGCUGCUCAUACAUCAGCUGGAAAGACGGUCGUUGCAGAAUAUGCAUUUGCUUUGGCAUCCAAACACUGCACAAGGGCUGUCUAUACUGCUCCAAUAAAAACCAUCAGCAACCAGAAGUACAGGGACUUUUGUGGGAAGUUUGAUGUAGGCCUUCUUACUGGAGAUGUAAGCUUGAAGCCGGAAGCAUCUUGUCUCAUCAUGACUACUGAGAUAUUAAGGUCAAUGCUUUACAGAGGUGCUGAUAUCAUCCGCGACAUUGAAUGGGUUAUAUUUGACGAGGUGCAUUAUGUCAAUGAUGCUGAAAGAGGUGUUGUGUGGGAGGAAGUUAUCAUCAUGCUUCCAAGACAUGUCAAUAUUAUCCUCCUUUCAGCAACGGUCCCAAACACAAUUGAAUUUGCUGAUUGGAUUGGUCGAACAAAACAAAAGAAGAUCCGUGUUACAGGGACAACAAAAAGACCCGUUCCUCUUGAGCACUGCUUGUUCUACUCUGGAGAGUUGUACAAAGUCUGUGAGAGUGAUACUUUUUUGCCUCAGGGAUUCAGAGCAGUUAAAGAUGUUUAUAAGAGAAAAAAAUCAAGUGCUGGCAUGGGACAGUCUGGAACAAAAGUUGGAGUUCCAUUUGCUCAAGCUGGAAGCCAAUCUAGACAACAUGAUAGUUCUAGUCGAGGGAAAAUUCAGAAGCACUCGGGACAUCAGAUCACUCACAGUUCUUAUGGAACUAGUGGGAUGAACCAUAGUCAUUCAGGACUAAGGAGAUCAGAGUCAUCUUUAUGGCUAUCACUCGUAAACAAACUUUCAAAGAACUCCCUUUUGCCUGUGGUGAUUUUCUGCUUUUCAAAGAACCGUGUUGAUAAAUCAGCAGAUAACAUGACUGGGACUGACCUGACAACUAGUUCUGAGAAAAGUGAGAUAAAGGUCUUCUGUGAUAAGGCGUUUUCAAGGCUAAAGGGUUCUGAUAGGAAUCUUCCACAAGUUGUCCGAGUCCAAAACCUGCUAAGGAGAGGCAUUGGUGUGCAUCAUGCUGGGCUUCUUCCUAUUGUAAAAGAAGUUGUCGAGAUGCUCUUUUGCCGUGGCGUGAUCAAGGUUUUAUUCUCCACUGAGACAUUUGCUAUGGGAGUUAAUGCUCCAGCAAGAACAGUUGUCUUUGAUACCCUGAGAAAGUUUGAUGGCAAGGACUUCAGGAGGUUGCUUCCAGGAGAAUAUAUUCAAAUGGCUGGCCGUGCUGGCAGGAGAGGCUUAGAUAAGAUUGGUACUGUUAUUGUUAUGUGCCGUGAUGAAAUUCCAGAAGAAAGUGACUUGAAGCAAGUAAUGGUUGGAAAACCAACACGGCUUGAAUCUCAGUUUCGCUUGACUUAUACCAUGAUACUUCAUCUUCUUCGUGUGGAAGAAUUAAAGGUGGAGGACAUGCUUAAAAGAAGCUUUGCUGAAUUUCAUGCACAAAAGAACUUGCCAGAGAAAGAGCGUCUUCUUUUGCAAAAGCUACGCCAAAGUACUAAAAAAAUUGAAUGUAUAAAAGGUGAGCCUGCAAUAGAAGAAUAUUUUGAGAUGGCGUCAGAAGCUGAAACACACAGACAACACAUUUUAGAGGCUGUCUUGCAAUCACACACUGCUCAACAAUUUCUUUCGCCAGGAAGAGUGGUGGUUGUCAAAUCACAAUCAGCAGAAGAUCACUUGCUUGGCACUGUUUUGAAGACGCCUUCUGCUGCUAAUAAACAAUAUAUCAUUUUAGUAUUGAUUGCUGAUAUUGCUUCGCAAGCUCCAUCGAUGUCCUCGAACAAAUUGCAAGAGGAAGAAAGUCAAAAUUUUCAACAAGGUUAUUUUAUUACUCCGAAAGGAAAACGCAGCAUGGAUGAAGAGUACUUUUCGUCCGUCAGUUCUCGUAAAGGAUCUGGUGCAAUAAAUAUAAAGUUGCCAUACUAUGGUAGUGCUUCCGGUACGAACUACAAAGUUAUAGCAAUAGAUAAUAAGGACAUCGUGUCUAUUUGCAAUUGCAAAAUAAAGAUCGAUCAAGUGCGACUUCUAGAGGAUCCCAGCAAUAUUGCUUACUCAAAAACUGUUCAGCAACUGCUAGAAAAGAAACAUGAUGGGAACAAGUAUCCUCCAGCGCUAGAUGCUGUAAAAGAUCUCAAGUUGAGGGACAUGGAUCUCGUGCAAAGGUAUCAUAGCUACAAUAAAUUGUUGCAAAAUAUGGCUGAGAACAAAUGCCAUGGAUGUAUAAAGUUUAAUGAGCAUAUCAUGUUGAUAAAGGAGCAAAACAGGCACAAAGAAGAAGUUAACGCUUUAAAAUAUCAAAUGUCAGAUGACGCACUCCAGCAAAUGCCAGAUUUUCAAGGCCGGAUUGAUGUGCUGAAGGAGAUCUAUUGUAUUGAUUCUGAUCUUGUUGUUCAACUAAAGGGCCGAGUGGCCUGUGAGAUGAACUCUGGGGAGGAAUUGAUAUGCACAGAAUGUUUGUUUGAGAACCAAUUGGAUGAUUUAGAAGCUGAAGAAGCGGUUGCAAUUAUGUCAUCUCUUGUUUUCCAACAGAAGAACACUUCUGAACCAUCACUUACUCCUAAGCUGGCUUAUGCUAAAAGGAGGUUAUACGAUACAGCAGUUAGAUUGGGGCAGCUCCAAUCGCAGUUUAAACUAGCUAUUGAUCCUGUGGAAUAUGCACGAGAGAACCUCAAGUUUGGUCUUGUUGAAGUUGUAUAUGAAUGGGCAAAGGGGACACCAUUCGCAGAUAUAUGUGAACUCACUGAUGUGCCCGAAGGUCUCAUAGUAAGAACUAUCGUGAGACUGGAUGAAACAUGUCGUGAGUUCAAGAAUGCAGCCUCAAUAAUGGGCAACUCUGCGCUCUAUAAGAAGAUGGAAACAGCUUCCGAUGCUAUAAAGCGUGACAUUGUUUUUGCAGCUAGUUUGUAUGUAACAGGAGUUUGAUUCCAGUUGAGUGGCAUUCUCAACAAUGUUCCUAACAUAACCUUGUAUACCCUUAGAAGAGCCGGUGGAGCAUACCGAUGUCUUCCUAAGUUGCAUCCUUUAUUAGUUCUUCAUACCCCUCGUUGGCAGGAGCCUUAGUGUACAAGACAUGUCCUUUGGUUAACAUCACAGGAUGUAGUUAGUUUAGUGAUCAGGGUUUUUGAUUUUAGUGAUCAGGUUGUAGUUAACAACAUUACAAGGCAUCUCUCGCUCGAAUUCUGUAGUUCUUUUGACCACCCUGUUGUUCACAACUGAUGUGGCUGAGAUAAAGAUGGCAAAAGAUGGUAAUGUAAAGUUGCAGCCCUUUUAUA